AUGCCUCCAGUACGAUCCUCGAAGCGCAAGCCGCCCCCAGAAGGCUUCGGCGACAUCGAGGACCAGCUCCUCAUAUUCCAGAACAAAAUGAAGGACGCGCAGAACAAGCCACCGCCGACGGGGCCGAAGCAUCAGGCGCAGUGGGAGAUCUUCCAGAUCGCGCACACACGAAGCAGAUAUAUCUACGACCUGUACUACGAGAAGGAGGCCAUUAGCAAGCAGCUGUACGAAUGGCUACUAAAGAACGGGUAUGCCGAUGCCAUGUUAAUCGCCAAGUGGAAGAAGCAGGGUUACGAAAAGCUCUGCUGCCUGCGCUGCGUCCAGACCAAGGAGACCAACUUCAACUCGACGUGCAUAUGCCGAGUCCCGAAAGCCCAGCUCAAGGAAGACCAGGACGUCCAAUGCGUCAGCUGCGGGUGCCACGGCUGCGCCUCUAGCGACUAG